ACUACGAGGACGACAUUUAUGAGAUCCGGGUCGCGCCUCCCUCAAAACCCUGAGUGUCACAGUAAAAAGGUUUUGAUUUAAUCGGCUCAGGCAGUGAUUUAUCUCAGUGUCCAAGAUCACUGAAAGGCAAAACGGACACUGCAAGACUCCAGUUAUAACGACAUAAACUACAAUGGAUUAUUCAACCAAUGACAGCAAAUCAACCAGCAAGAAAAAAGUGGUAGCUGUGGUGGGAGGUGGUUUGGUCGGUGCCUUGAAUGCCUGCUACUUUGCAAAAAGAGGUUUUCAAGUAGAGGUCUUUGAAUCUCGAGAAGAUAUCCGCCAAGCCAAAAUAGUCAAGGGAAGAAGCAUCAAUCUAGCUCUAUCUCACAGGGGUCGCCAGGCAUUGAAACAAGUGGGAAUGGAAGACACGAUUGUCUCCAAAGGAAUCCCCAUGCAUUCCAGAAUGAUCCACUCCUUGAAUGGGACACAGUCCCCCAUUCCUUAUGGCAAGAAAGGACAGCACAUCCUGUCUAUCGACAGAGCCAACCUCAACAAAGAAAUGUUGUCAGCGGCAGAGACGUAUUCAAACACAAAGCUGAACUUCGCCCACAAACUACUCAACUGGAACACUGAAACAGGAGCGAUGACCUUUCUCAGGGCUGAUGGUGCAAAGGAGGAGAUCCAGGCAGACUUGAUUGUGGGGUGUGAUGGAGCAUUCUCUGCCAUUCGGAAACAGUUCCUCCGUCAGAGCCGUUUCAACUUCAGUCAGACCUACAUCCCCCAUGGGUACCUGGAGCUCACCAUGCCCCCCAUCAAUGGAGAGUUUGCCAUGAAGCCUAAUUAUCUGCACCUAUGGCCACGCAACACAUUCAUGAUGAUUGCUCUGCCCAACUUGGACAAGACUUUCACCUGCACACUCUUCAUGCCGUUUGACGAGUUUGAAAAUGUCACCACGGGCGACCAGGUCAUUGAGUUCUUCCUGAAAUACUUUCCCGACGCCAUCCCACUAAUAGGAGCGGAGGCUCUUAAGACGGAUUAUUUCCAUCUACCAGCCCAGGCCAUGGUGUCCGUGAAGUGCUCUCCAUAUCACCUUAGUGAUAAGUGUGUCCUUAUGGGGGAUGCAGCCCACGCUGUGGUGCCAUUCUACGGACAGGGGAUGAACGCAGGCUUUGAAGACUGCCUUGUUUUCAACGAAAUCAUGGACCAGCUCAACGAAGAUUUCAGUGCUGUUCUGCCUGAGUACACUCGAGUCCGAGUCCCAGACGACCAUGCCAUCGCAGACCUGGCCAUGUACAACUACGACGAAAUGCGGUCACAUGUCAAUUCCAAAUGGUUCCUGUUCCGAAAAUACGUAGACAAUACCCUCCACAUUAUUAUGCCAAGGACAGUAAUCCCCAUAUAUACCAUGGUUACAUUUACUAGGACAAGGUACCACGAGGCAGUAAAACGCUGGCACUGGCAAGACAAAGUGAUCAACCAAUGCCUGUUAUGUGUGGCAGCAUCUGUUGUGGGAGGCUCCUACCUUCUAGUCAGAUACCACCCUAACAUGCCAAACAUCUCCAUCGAGCAGCUGUGGACCAGGCUGCAGGCCCUCAAGAGUCCCUUCUGAGGUUUUGUGGGCUAAUACCUCUUAGUCCCAGAUAAAGGGGUGAAAACGGAGCUACAAACAAGAUGGAAAAAUACAGUGUUCUGUGACCCAAUUACCAAUGUAAUUUUUUCAUAAUGUAAAUUUUAUUGACUGUAAUUGAAGGCCUGUGGGGCACAUUUUGUGUUAAUGUACAGGUAACUGCCAAAAUGAUACCCCUCUUUCAAAGUUAAUGAGAAUUCUUCUUCUAGCCAUGGUAACCAAAAUAAUGGGCAACUGGGCAUUUUUAUACAUAACCCUAAGCAUAAUAGGCUGUUAAUUUCUUAAUUAACUCAGUAACCACACCUGUGUGGAAGCACCUACUUUAAAAAUACUUUGUGUCCCUCAUUUACUCAAGUGUUUAUUAAUCAUUAUUAACUAACAUCCAACUCAUGUCAGUCAUGUUGCAGUAAUUAAACAUUCCAAAUAA